GCAGCUUCUGGCGACGUCGUUCUUUACUGGGGUCAAAACUCCGAUGGCAACCAAAAGCCGUUGGCCGAAUACUGCCAGUCUUCCUCAGUGGACAUCGUGGUCCUUUCCUUCCUUUAUGCCUUCCCCAACAACUUCCAAUUGAACUUUGCCAACGCCUGUGAAGGCUCUUACACUCCUGAUGGAACCUUACACUGUCCUCAAAUGGCCAAAGAUAUCAAGACCUGUCAAGGCUUGGGCAAGCAGGUGUUAUUGUCCUUGGGUGGUGCCUCUGGUGCCUACGGUUUCUCCAGUGACUCCCAAGCCAGCGACUUUGCCACCACCUUGUGGAACAAGUUCGGUAAGGGGACCGAUGACUCCUCAAACAGACCUUUCGAUGAUGCUGUGAUUGACGGAUUUGACUUUGACAUCGAAAACAACGACCCAAGAGGUUACGCUGCCUUAGCCACUUCCCUCAGACAACUCUUCGCCAAGGACUCCUCCAAGAAAUACUACCUCUCCGCUGCUCCCCAAUGUCCAUACCCUGAUGCCUCUGUUGGCAAGCUUAUGGAAAAUGCUGACCUUGACUAUGCCUUCAUCCAAUUUUACAACAACUACUGUGCUCUUGGCUCCCAAUUCAACUGGGAAAAGUGGGAGGAAUAUGCUGAAAAUGUCUCUCCUAACAAGAACAUCAAGUUGUUCCUUGGAUUGCCAGGAAGCACCAGGGCUGCUAACAGUGGAUACACUGAGAUUUCUACCAUCAAGCAGUACUUGGAUCAAUUCCAAAACUCCAAGCACUUUGGUGGAUUCUCUCUUUGGGAUGCCACUUCUGCCUGGACCAACACUGGAUCUGAUGGAGAAAACUAUGCACAACAAUUGAAGGGAUUGGUCGGCUCCGGCUCCUCUCCUAGUGAAACCUCCACCAGCUCUACUGCUGCUCCAACUUCCACUGCUGCUCCAACUUCCACUGCUUCUCCAACUUCCACUGCUUCUCCAACUUCCACUGCUUCUCCAACCUCUACUGUUACUCCAACCUCUACUGCAGUCCAAACUUCCACCUCCAAUUCCUUCCCAACCAGAGUUCCAACCACUCUCACC